AUGAUUCGGUCCGUGUCCAGGUCGGUUGGCGCUUCUUCCCAGCAGCACAAUGUGCCGAAGCACUUUGACAUCCUGCCCUUCCCCCUUCUCAAAGUGCGCGUCCACCCCGUCGUCGUUUUGACGAUCUUGGACGCCUACCUCCGACGCGAGGAGGGUCAGGUCAACGUUAUCGGCACCCUUCUGGGAACAGUCUCUGAAGGAAAUGUGGUCGAUAUCUCUGACUGCUUCGUCGACAGACACUCCCUCACCGAUGAGGGUCUGCUGCAGAUCAUUAAGGAUCACCACGAGACGAUGUAUGAACUAAAGCAGCAGGUCAGCGGCAGCGGCGCGAAGGACAUUGUUGUUGGCUGGUUUUGUACGGGCAGCGAGAUGACUGAGCUGACUUGCGCCGUCCACGGCUGGUUCAAGCAGUUUAACAGCGUCUCCAAGUUUCACCCCCAGCCGCCCCUCACCGAGCCCAUCCACCUCAUGGUCAACACCACCAUGGACCGCGGCAACCUGUCCAUCAAGGCCUUUAUGCAAGUUCCCUUGAACAUGGCGAAGGACGCGUGCUUCCAGUUUCAGGAGCUUCCACUGGAGCUGUUCGCCUCCUCGUCAGACCGCGCAGGCUUGUCGCUCCUCCUCAAGGUCCGAGAAGCCAACCGCCGGUACCGUCAGCAGCAUGAAGGCAACAGGGCAAGCGCGUUGGCGACCAGCGCGCCGCCUUCAGCUGCGGCGGCUGCGGCCAUCAGCGACACACCGGCGAUCUCGGGAGUGCCUGUGAUCAAGCAGGGCUUGGGUGCGGCGCUCGAGAAGCUUUCUGACCAGCUGAACAAAUGCGGAGCCUAUGUCCGCAGCGUUCUCGAUGGGUCUGAGAAGGCUGACCCUGAAAUCGGACGAUUCCUCAGCAAAGCUCUUUGCGUCGAGGCCGUGCAGGAUCUCGAGGUUUUCGAACAGAUGUGCCAAAAUACGCUCCAAGACAACCUCAUGGUCGUCCAUCUCACUAGCCUCGCCCGACUGCAGUUUGCUGUUGCCGAGAAACUCAACACGUCCUUCUUCUGA